UUUUUUCACUUUGCUUCUUUGGAUUUUUUUCUUUUCAUUUCAACCUUCUCUCAUGCGUCUUCCAGCUUGGCUUUGGAUACAUGUUGUCUUGUGUCUUGCAGUCCCUGUAUUGACCAUGCCUGUCGAGGAUGUCCAGCAGGGUUUGAUCAAACGUGCUCCCACAACAAAUGGGGCUUCUGCAGAUGCCGUUUAUAACCCACCACCAGCCAGUCCAACAUCAACAACCACUACACGCGAUUCGACUACCACAUCAACUUCCACUCGCCCUGAUCCUCCUUCAUCAACAACUCCACCACCUGCAUCAACUACAACGACUCCUUCCUCACCGGCAUCAACACUUCCAUCCACCACAACAUCAUCAUCCACCACUACUGCAUCAUCAUCCACAACCAAUCCACCGUCAUCAUCUAGUUCAACUACAGAUCCAAUUUCCCCAACUACAACCACUCCACCUCCAACCACUACUACCACUCCACCACCCACUACAGUCAUAUCCUCUACCACAUCGCCAGUUACUACUCCACCGCCUACAACAACAACAACAACUACACCACCCGAUACAACUGUACCUGGACCGACAACGACUGUACCAUCUACCUCCACGCCACAAACCACUACCACUCCUGUGCAACCAACCACUACGACCACAACUCAUACACCUAUCACGUCAGCAAAAUUAACUUCGUUUACUUCCGCAAUCGGUACUGGAACCGAUGUCACCGUCAUAGUAUCCACGGCCAUGGUCACUAUCAUGCCCACGGAUCCGUCCUUGUUAAAUUCUGAUACUGCCCCACCCUCCAGUAAUAAUAACGCUGCUAUCAUUGGAGGAGUCGUUGGUGGCAUUGGUGGUGCCUUGCUUAUUGGCGGUUUAGGCGUUUUCAUGUACAAACGUCACAAGGCUCAGAAAGAUUUCAACGAAACCUUUUCACCUUACGAUGACGAUCAAGACAUGUCACAAUAUGGUGGUCCGGUUACGCAAAGACCCAUGGGAGGAGCCAAUACCGGUCAACAUGAAAGCAGCGACGGAGGAUCGUAUGGCCAAUACCAUGGUUCGCCGCCACCUUUAAGCAAUGUAGUGCAACAGCCCGGCGGCCCCUACAGUACAGGUCAAAAUCCUGGCGCCUAUGCGCAGUAUCCUCAAGGCCAAUCGCCUAUGGGCAACGUGGUACAACACUUGCCAAGCGGAGAUAUGGGUCAAAACUAUGGCAACGCUGUACAGCACUUGCCUGGAGGCGAUGUAGGACAAAACUAUGGAAACGCAGUCCAACACUUGCCUGGUGGCGACGUGGGCCAAGGCUACGGGGGAGGACAAUAUGGAACGCAAUACCCGUUCCUUGUGGCUGGAGGAGAUUAUCGACACAGCCUCAGUACGGGAUCUCAAGAGAAUGACACUCAAUAUAUGGACAACACUGCUCGCGAUUCCCAAAACUGGGGUCAAUCACACUAUCGCAGCCCGUCUGAUGCGUCCUAUGAGCGAGGCCAUGUUCCCGAUGAAGCUCCAACCGAAACUUUUGACAAGCCUGAUCAGCGAGACUGAGCCUUGUUUGCCCGAACCCUUCUGUGAUAUCUUUAUUUUGCAUCAUUACUGCUGUUAGAAAUAGCUUUUUUACCAUAUGCCUUUUUUCCCCCCAUGUUACAUAAUAUAUAAGCUCACUAUACUAUUAUAUUAGUCUGUGUACUUUAUAAAAAGAA